ACUCAUCCUAAGGAUGAACGCCUUGAAGCUGAACUAGUAUCCAGAAGAAUGUAUCUAAAGCCAACUCCUCGCUCCCCUUAAGGUUGACCAAAACUUGCAACAACCCACGCAUUUGCUUAUUCUAGGCAUUCACCUGGUGCUGACUUGUUGUCGAACCUGUUGUUCAACUCGCCCCGUCGUCGCUUCCCACCUGAUCAAAUCUCUUACCGGAAGUGUGGGACGCACUUGUCACCUGAACCCACGACCGGGCAGGUUAUUCAAGCCGUCGUCCUUAUCAGACAAACUACACGAUACCAAAUUAGCAAGUAUUGGCUGUUUUUGUUCAAGUGGAUAAACGUUUUGGAGCCAUAUUUCGGUGGGUUUUCAGACGACGGAGACGCAGUGAAACACACCGCGGAGAGAACAGCGCAAAUAUGUUUUUCGCAUGGUUGGUUUCGGCGCUCUUGUUCGCGUUCGCAGUUACAGUUGAAAGUAGCUUUUCAGUGACCACUUCUAAUGCAAAUGUGCAAGUAAAAGAAAAUGAAGGGGUUGACCUUACAUGCUCUUACUCGGCGGACUUUGGUUCAAAUGCCAGGGUGGAGUGGAAAUUCAAAGACCUCACAGGGUCACAGAAGUAUAUCUAUUAUAACGGGAAACUCACAACCCCGUAUUCCAACCGUGUGACGAUGUUUGGCAGCAAUCUGAGAUUCAGCAAAGUGACCCGUGUGGAUAACGGAGUGUAUGACUGUGAGGUGUCUGGUGUCAAUAGCCAGUUUGGGGAGGCCAGAGUGAAGCUCACAGUUCUUGUGCCUCCGUCACCACCCUUGUGCAGGAUCCCCACUUCAGUGACAACUGGCAAGAAGGUCAUCCUGUCCUGCCACGAUAAAGAUGGUUCCCCUCCACCUCAAUACAAGUGGUACCGAGACAACGUACUUCUGCCACCUGAACCCAGCAAGAUUUCCGGCUUCCAGAAUAGUACCUACAUGCUGAACUCUGCAAAUGGCAACUUGGAGUUUUCCUAUGUCAGAAAGACGGAUACAGCUCAGUACACCUGUGAGGCGUUCAACAUUGCUGGUCCUCCACAGCGCUGUCGAGCUGUGAAAAUGGAAGUCCGUGACAUUAACACCGGAGGCAUUGUUGCUGGGGUAAUCGUGGCUCUGCUGUUGCUCGUCCUGCUCGCUCUGGGAAUUUGGUAUGCUCACAAGAAGGGAUACCUGCCCCGAAUGAAUGAAAGGUAAGAGUAUUUUCCCAUUUUACAUUAGGCACAAUAGAUUACAUUUGGUCAUUCAUUCCCACAGUAUCUACAUUGCUGUGUACGUUUUCCCCACAAGAGCUAAAAUGGUUUUGUUUCUUAAAUGUCUUGUAGCAAGCAAAAAACCAAUGUGGUCUACCAGCCGCCUUCUGUGUAUGGUGGUGAAGAUGAUGAUAGCGAGUUUAAGCAAAAGUCAUCCUUUGUGGUAUAGUCUACAAGAAACAGUCUUGGCUGGUUUUAAUGUUUGCCUUAACUGUUUGUACAUGUCAUCCUUGUGCUUUUUUUUUUUUUUACAUUUUAUGAUCCAAAGAUUCCUCUCAAACGUGUUUUUUUUUUUUACAAGCCUGCUGUAAAUAUCGUAUUUUCAUUUGUGCUGUUGUUAAAAUACUGGCUUUGGGUGUGACUGACUUUUUGUAAUAUUUUACAUUAACAUUGCAUUGAAAAUACUGUACAUUUUCUUCCAGAAACGAACUUGUUACAUUUGUUCUCAAAUUCUGUUUGUCUAUGACUUCAGUUCGAGAACUAUAUUGGUUAAAAUAAUCCAAACAGGGUAGCUGUACUGUAUUUUUCCUGAACAGUGAUUGAGCUUCAUAUGAAAAGCACAGCAAUAGAGUUUGAGAGAGGUGUGUAUUGUAACACUUUUUAACAUAUUAAACACCAUUUUGUAUAGUCUCAUCACAGCUAUGACUUCUUGAAGAUAAAUUUAACUUUCUGGUAGUUAAUCCUCCAACAAUGUUGCACUUACAGGGUUGAUAUGGGCAGAUGUUGGCACAGCAGUAUGAAUUAAUACAAUAUCUGAUUUGAAUAUCUAUUUGUGCAACCUUGUAACGUUUCGGCAGAGUUGGUGAGAAUUUGAAGCUGAUGAAUUAAUCGAUGUAGCUUUUCAGUAAAUAAAUGUUUUAAAAUGUG